CCUCUACAUCAGAGCCCCUAAAGGGGAAUUCACCUUCUCACACACACAGCUCACCACUGGAAUCUGUUCAAAGUGGAUUUAUCUCAGUCACUGCUAUUUAUUUACACUUUUAAUGUAAUAUAGCUCUUUAAUAAUACACACUAUAGCCCAAUCUAUAUAUUCUUUAAUAACACACACUAUAGCCCAAUCUAUAUAUUCUUUAAUAACACACAAUGUAGUUCUGUCUAUAUAUUAUUUUCAUAACACAAACUAUGUUAUCCUAUCUAUAUAUUCUUUAAUAACACAUAAUGUAGUUCUGUGUCGGGUCAGAAAUACAAGGAAGGUGAGACAUUGGGGAAGAGGGGAUGAUGAUGAUGAUGAUGAUGAUGAUGCUGGUGGUGAUGAUGGUGAUGAUGAUGAUGAUGAUGAUGAUGAUGAUGGGUUAAUGAUUAGCUUCAUAGCUAAGGGAGGUAAAUGUUACUGCAGUGUUUCUUAUAGAACUGGAGUUUGUCUUAGAAUCUGUCCUUAAUGCCAUAGAAGGACAGGAAUAGAAAGAAGCAAGUCUACUGGACGACUCCCACUGGAGACUGAGAAUGAUGUUGGAGAACGUGACACAAUGAUCUCUCUCUGUUUCAGGAAGGCAAAAUGGCAGCCACAGUCAUGGACAAAGAUUUCAAACUGAUCACCCCUGAUCCUGUUGUGAAGGCUUCUGUUGGUGAUGAUGACACUCUGCACUGUCAGCUCUCUCCUGAAACCAGUGCUGUUGCCAUGGAGAUCAGGUGGUUUAAUGGCACAGACUGUAUCUACCUGUAUAAGAAUGGUCAUGUGACAGUGAGGGAGGGCUAUGAGGGCAGAGUGAGUGUAAACACCCAGGAGCUGCAGAGAGGAGACGUGUCUCUGAGACUGAGAGAUAUAAGAGGGGGAGAUAGAGGAGUGUACACAUGCCAGGUCAUCAGUGGAGAACACAAGGAGGAGGGAAGAGUCGGGCUGAUAAUAGGUAAGUCUCCUGUUCCUCUGCUGUGAAGAGCUCAGUGCUGUCAUUCAUGUCACAAACUAAACCUGCUCACACUUACACUCUCUAACCUGAUUACACUUUCAUACUAAAAACCUU